CUGGGGCUGCCUGCUAAGGCUUCAGGAGGACUCUGGGCACUGCGGAAUCCUGGGACCUUCCCCUUCCAGGGGCCCACUGUGACCUAGGCAGUGGGGAGUGGCUGCCUUCACCUGGUGACCACAGGGGGGAACACUGCAGGCAUGUCGAGCCCGCAAGCCCUGAACUCCCCAGCUGUGAUCUUUGAUAAUGGCUCUGGGCUCUGCAAAGCAGGGUUGUCGGGAGAGGUCGGGCCUCGCCACGUCCUCAGCUCCGUCGUGGGGCACCUGAAGGUCAAGCCGUCCCCCGCAGGGCCCCACCAGAAGACGUAUUUCGUGGGGGACGAGGCCCUGUCCAGGCAGGAGGCGCUGAACAUGCACAUGCCCAUCGAGCGCGGCCUGAUCGUGGGCUGGGAUGACAUGGAGAGGCUGUGGCAGCACCUGUUUGAGUGGGAGCUGGGCGUGAAGCCCGGCGAGCAGCCGGUGCUGUUGACGGAGCCCUCACUGAACCCCAGGGAGAGCCGUGAGAAGACGGCGCAGGUGAUGUUCGAGAGCUUCGGUGUGCCCGCCUUCUACCUGUCAGACCAGGCGGUGCUGGCGCUGUAUGCCUCGGCCUGUGUCACGGGCCUGGUGGUGGACAGCGGGGAGGGCGUCACCUGCGCUGUCCCCAUCUUCGAAGGCUACUCCCUGCCCCAUGCCGUGGCCAAGCUGUACGUGGCAGGCAGGGACAUCACAGAGCAGCUCACCCGGCUCCUCCUGGCUGGUGGACGGGCCUUCUCCUGCCUGCUGGACAAGGCCCUGGUGGACGACAUCAAGGAGAAGCUCUGCUACGUGGCUUCGGAACCCGAGAAGGAGCUGUCCCGGCGGCCGGAGGACGUGCUACGGGAGUACAAGCUGCCGGACGGGAACGUCAUCUACCUCGGCGACCAGCUGUUCCAGGCGCCCGAGGUCCUAUUCUCGCCCGAGCAGGUGGGCACGCAGAGCCCGGGGCUGUCCAGGAUGGUGUCCAGCAGCGUCACCAAGUGUGAUGCCGAUAUCCAGAAGAUGCUUUUCAGGGAGAUCGUGCUGUCGGGGGGCACCACGCUGUUCCAGGGGCUGGACGACCGGCUGCUGCAGGAGCUGGAGCUGCUGGCACCCGAAGGGACCCCCAUCAAGAUCACCGCGCCGCCGGACCGCUGGUUCUCUACGUGGAUCGGGGCCUCCAUCGUGACCUCUCUGAGCAGCUUCAAGCAGAUGUGGGUCACUGCAGCUGAUUUCAAGGAGUUUGGGCCAUCUGUGGUCCAGAGGAGGUGCUUCUGAGGGGCACUGCGCCUGGGGCAGGGGUCCCUGGGGUGGGGGCUGAGCCCGGGCGUCCUUCGGCGGGAAGUCGAAUA